AGAACUUUGACCGGCAGGAGCGGCGGAGCGCCGAUCGUCAAGUCACCUGGAAUUUCCUCCCCUCCGGUGGGGCCGCGCGAUAGAAAAGUGGAAAGAGUGACGUCCGUGAAAACACCUGGACGGCCAUACAGGAGCCCUUCACCUGCGGACCCCCGUCAGCGAAGCCCUCCUCUGUCGCCCGGACUAAGCAGUUAAUGAGCCUAGCGGCGCGGAUGAGGACACGCGGGCUGAAGAUCACCUUGUGGCUGCUGCGUCACUGACCUGCUCAUGUCCGCCGCUCCGCCAGCACCCUCCGUGACACCGACAGUGGCCGUCAUGUCCGCUCUGGGGGUCAACGAGCUCACGGUGGUGAUAGCGACAAGCUCCUGUAUGAUCUUCUUCAUCAUCAUCAUGGUGCUGCUCAUCAUCAUGUACCAGAAGGACCCGCUCUGCUGUAAAGCCAGACAUACUGGGGGCCGGAUGGCCAGCCAGCAGUACCCGGAGGCCCCACCAAGUUACUUCAGCAGCAGCCAAAACCUGAUGAGCUCACGUGUGGACCUCCAGAGCCCCCCCAUGGCGUUUGACAACCCCGAAGUGCAGGGAGGCCAGCUCUUCUUAAUCGGACCCCCUGAAAGCUACCACCUGCCCCCGCUGGAGCCCCCUCUGCCACGCCUGCCAUCCUACGAGAGCGUACGCAAGAAGGACCGUCAGCAGCACAUUCACAAGAUGAUCGCGGACCGCUUUGGCCUUGUGGCCCCCUCCUCAGCCGAUCAGCCACCCUCCUACGAAGAGUCAAUCCGGAGUUCUGUCGCAGCCGAGGACGAGCACCAGGCCGGUGACGCCACACAUGGCACCUCCAGGAGUCCCUCUGCUUCUGGGGCCCAGAAUGACCCGGUGAGAUGAGACGUGCCCUGGGCCUGGUGACGCUGAAGCCACUUGUGUGCCAGGGAGGCUGAGCCUGCCUGGACGGACUUCUACUUGACAAUUUUUUAAACUUUUUCUUUUAAUCAAAAUGAGGACUUUUACACCCUAACUGACCACUCCUGGUGCCCAGAACCGGACAGCCGAACCCUGCGGACUGUAAACUGCAGUCGUGAUCCUUUGGUACGGAGCGGAGGAGCAGUGCGCCAACGCCAAGCGCAUUAGGAUGUCUCAACCUCUCCUGUGUGGACGCCACCUUUCAGCAUGUGGUCCGUUACACACAACGCGCUGAAGUCCAGUUGUGAUUGGCCGUGGCUGAGCCUGACUGACCGACAGGUCGACUUCCACCAUUGCUACUGCAAGCAGAGAUGAUGAGAAUGUGCCGGAACUGGAAUGCUAAUGAACGCCACACUCCAUGCCUGGCCACUGUGUCCUGGGUUAGGAGGUGGGCACAGCUGCCAAGCAAGUAGUCACUGCCUUGUAGUGGAUACAGUCUUGGCCUGGCACUGCCCAGCUGACAACCAGUGGAGUGGAGAGCAGCCCUAAUGAAUCCAAGGUCACGAGCCAGAAAAUGUGUGGCAAACAUGGCACAAAAGAAAAGGAGCAGGCCUGACGUGUUACCACAGUGGCAGAGACUGGGCACCUCUCUUGACAAAGCCACCUGUGUGAUUAGCCCUGCUGACUGUCUUAAAGACUGGCACGCCAGACGAUGAACACAUCGGUCUCUCCCAUACUCGAUGGCCAGGACUGAGAAGACCGACCACAGCGCACGAUCAUCUGUCUGACGCUCGUUUGGGCUCAAAGGGCGCGAGGUGAAGGACAUGAGAUUGACCUUCUGAGUGUAGUGACGAGUCCCGUCGGCACAGCUCUGUUCUCAUUGAUGACGUCGCCUUCAGGUGGAAGUGCAGCAGGCUGAGACCGUGAGACUCGAGAGCCUCCAACACAACAGAGUGGUCCGGCAGGGGGUCACUGCGCCGCUCAGUGGACUGAGGGGGUAUCGGGGGAGACGGAGAGAUGUGAACAAGCGAGUCGAGUGCCACCAGCGGCCCAAUGCCCGAGCACUGCCUGGAAGGCCACUUUACCUUGGAACUGCUCUGGUUCCUCCAUCACAGGACUCCUUUUAGCAGAUUUCAUAUUGCAGUUGGAACCUUAGAAAUGUGAUUAGCUUUGUCUAAAUUGUAGAUUUUAAUUUCAAAACUCAAGUUCCUACUAUAAAGUGUUGACUUUUCUAUCAAAUAAACGAGUUGUUCAGUA